AAAGAGGCUCUCUACUAAAGCUGAAACGGCUAUUAGAAACUACGCAUGUAGGGUUCUCCUAAGCGAUCAAAGCCAACUACGCCGUACAAUAUGCUGGGUGUGUAUAGGAAAAAAACGGCAGACGACGUGUUCGAUACGUCAGAGGAAGCCCUUCCGCUGAGUCUGCAACGUGUUGCCACAGAAGAACUCGGAGAGACGCCGUCGAAGAGAAAAGAGGCGCUGGAGAAGCUUACUAAGCUCGUGUCAGCGGAAACAGAACUAAACUCAAGGAGGGACACAGAUUUUCUCUUACGUUUCCUGCGCGUGAGGAAGUACAACGUGGAAGCGGCGCUGCAAAGUAUCAAGAAUUACUACAGAAACCGCGCUGCCUCUGAUUCCGUGUACCGCGACUUCCUUCCGUCGAAGGUACCUCUUGCGGCACGGAGGCUUUGUCUCGUUCUGCCGCAAAGGGACGCGCGUGGACGUCCGAUAGUCUUCUGUCAUGUGGGCCACUGGAAUCCCGAAGAGAUCACAUACGCGACUCUGCAACAAGCGUUGCUCAUGUGUUUAGAGCACGUGAUUUCGGACCCCGUGGCGCAGACCAUUGGAAUCGUCAUCAUGGUGGACUACGUCGGUUUCACAAUCGACAAAGUCUUGUCUAUGAGUCUCGGCCUCAUCAGAAGACUACUCGAGUACUUCCAGGACUGCAUGCCAGCUCGGCUGAAAGCGGUGCAUAUCUUAAACCAACCAUAUGCUUUCGACGUGAUCUUCGCUGUGGUAAAAGCCUUCAUCAAAUCAAAGAUGGCCGAAAGGAUGCACAUGCAUGGUGAAAACUACGAGAGGUUUCACGAGGAAGUCUCCCCCAGUACGUUGCCGAGAGAGUAUGGUGGACAUGGACUGCAGUUCGAUUUCGAUGCUUUUUGGAGACUCAUGGAUGCACAGGAAGAUACAUUCGCAUCGGGGAACCACUUCGGCUACGUCGUGUUGGACCAUCUCGACAUACAUGAGGAUGACCAGAUGCCUCUGCAGCUCUCCACCUUGUAAUUACACCCUGUGAAAGCAGGCUUUCGCGAAGAUAACAUCAGCAAACUAAAGCUGUGCGUUUCAUUACACGGAAUUUCUCUCUUUCUUUUUUCCCUUGAAGCAUAAUAAUAAACGUCAUUUUACGUAUCCA